AUGAGCAACAGCCUGGAAGCAAAGAUCGUCGUCCUCGGCGCCCAGGAGUACGGAGUAGGCGUCGGGAAGACAUCGCUGGUGCAGCGGUACGUCAAGAACUCGUUCAACAGCUCUGCCACGGCCUCUACCGUCGGCGCCUCCUUCGUCACCAAGCGAGUGCUCGACACGACCUCAGACACCAUCGUGCGGCUGCAGAUAUGGGACACCGCCGGCCAGGAACGAUUUCGCAGCAUCUCGAGGCUGUACUACCGCGGAGCCCACGCGGGACUGCUCUGCUACGACAUCACGGACGAGCGAAGCUUCGACGAGAUGCGCGGCUGGCUCGUCGAGCUCAAGCAGAACCUUCACGACGGCGAGGACGGGGACGAGUGGCCGCUCGUCAUACACGUCGUUGGCACCAAGUCGGAUAUCGUGGCAGACGACCCCGCCCGCCGCCGUGUCCCCUUUGAACGGACGAUAGCAUACAUCGCCGAACAGCUCUAUCCCUCGCAGGCAUCGACGCCGCCGCCGAGUUCAGGCAUGGGCAUGGGCAUGGGCAUGGGCAUGGGCACGGCCGGCAUGGGUGUGGGCGGCGGUGCAAGUGCAGGCAGCAUCCCCGGCGCAGCAGGGCACGGCAGCAGCAGUCUGGCACCGGACAGCAAGCGAAACAGCGGCUUCUGGGGCCAGGAUAUCGGCUGGGACUGCUGCCACGAGAUCAGCAGCAAGGACGGCGAGGGCAUCGACGAGGUCUUUCGCGUCAUCACCCGCAAGCUAGUCGAGCAGCGGAACCGCAGAGAGAGGGAAAGCGAUGCAAAGCAGAAUCCCAGCGUACGGGCGCGGUCGAGGGCGGGCAGGACGUCCGGCGAUGCAGACAAGCGGAGGAGCUGGCUGAGCUUCCCGCCGACGCUGGUCGUUGGAGAUGCGGAUGCAGACGAAGACGGUGAAGAAGAGGCCGACGGAGGACUGCUCGAUACCACGCAGCGGAGGAAGAGGUGCUGCUGA